CCUUUUGAAAAAUGUAACUCAGCACCCUCAAAAGCCAAAAUACAAAGUGAACAUUCUCCAAUUAAAAAUCCAAUUAAAAACCCCACACGGAAUUCCUUAUUUGAACAAAAACCCACUUCCAACCAACCAUUCUUGCUAAACUUUUCCAUCAAUUUAUGGCAACCCAAAUCCCACUGAUAGACGCAUCAGAGCAAAACCCACCUGAAGAUGCCAAACUUGAUCACUCCCUCCACAGAUUUGAGACAUUUCUGAGACUCUUUGGCUUCCGCCAGUACUCUUUCUGGAGCUUCAUCCUCUCCUGGCUUGCAUUUCUCCUUGUGGGUGUUGCAGUUCCUAUCUUGCUUAUCGAAAUCAUUGAUUGCGCCGACUGCGAAAAGUAUGAGAUCAAAAGGUUUGAGAUUGAGAUUCUGGUUUCUGAGUCUCUGAUGGCUGCCAUUUCUCUGGGUUGUGUUUCUCACAGCAUCAGAAAGUAUGGAGUGAGGAAGUUCUUGUUUGUGGAUCGGUAUCAUGGCCUUAUGCUUCUGUUUCGUGAUGAGUACAUUCAAAGGAUCAAUAAAUUCUACCGCUUGCUGGCUGCGUGGGUGUUACCUUGCUUCCUUCUGAAGGCGGCUCGAGAAAUCACUCGUGUUCUUGUUCUUCAUCACGAUCCAUGGUGGAAAUCUGUUGUCGUACUGCUUGCUGUGCUCGUGUCAUGGACGUAUUCGAGCAUCAUUCUCCUAUUAGGCAGUGCUUUGUUCAACUUGGUUUGCAAUUUGCAUAUGAUUCACUUUGAGAACUAUGGAAAACUUUUAGAAAGGGACUUGGAUGUUUCUGCAUACAUUGACGAACAUAUUCGUCUAACGCAUUACCUAUCGAAGAUCAGCCACAGAUUCCGAAUCUAUCUUCUUCUUCAGCUCUUAGUUGUGACAGCAAGCCAGUUUGUGGCUCUACUGCAGACAACAUCAAAGCACGGGACCAUCAACCUCAUCAAUGGCGGCGAUUUUGUAGUCUGUUCCAUUGUUGAGGUAGGUGGGCUAGUUAUAUGCCUGCAUGCAGCUUCGAAGAUUUCACACAGAGCUCAGGCGCUUGGAUCGGUGACUAGCAGAUGGCAUGCUAUGGUCACUUGCAGCUCCAAAGAUGCGCCUCGACGGGGAACCAAUAAUAGUUCCGGAAACUUGGGAAUCACCAACAGUUCCGGGAACUUGGAGAUUUCUAUUGCUGCUUCACUGCCGAUAAGCUACUCAGAAAGUGAUCUGGAGGCAGUUGAUUAUGUUCCAAAGCCUACAAAUACACAAUUGGCCUCACACAUGUCCCUCUAUCAGAAAAGACAAUCUUUUGUGACCUACAUGCAGUCCAACCCUACGGGAAUUACCCUCUAUGGAUGGACGAUUGACCGGGGACUCGUUAGCACUAUCUGCUUCAUUGAGGUCACACUGGCUCUUUUCGUGCUCGGGAAGACGAUAACGUUCACAUAAUUUCUGCCGUGUUUUCGAGGCCGUCGCACUUCACCUCUAAUGUCUCCAUGUAUGUUGUUGCAGCACAUUAGAUUAUUUUCAAGAUCCAGUCUUGUUCCCAAAUAGCCUUUUAUUAGAUGAAUACUCAAGAAACAUUAAGUUAUUGCUUCAGGCCAUGGGUGCAUUGACUGAUAUGUACAAAUCAGUAUGGGUUUGUUGAGAUUGUAGGCUGUUAGUCUGUUGGGAUUUGCAGGGAUAUAGGGAAGUUGGUUAGUAGCUGAUGAGUGAAGCAAAGAACACUUGUAUAAAUAACAAACACCUCUCUCUCUCUCUCUCUCUCUCUCUCUCUCUCUCUCUCUGUAAUUCAUUCAUUGUUCAAGGAAUACAAUAUUUAGUCAUUCACUUUCUCUCUCUAAAUUCUCUACCAUUGUUUUUCGUUUUGCUUCUUCUGCAAUCGCCAAAAUCUAAUCAUGGUAUUGCUGUAAAAGAUGACGGAAUUCAUGGCAUAACAUAUCUUCAACCAUGUGCUAGUGUAAAAAAUAUAUCAUAAAUAAGCAUAUAUAUGUUCAAAUAUGAACAAGUUAAAAAAAAAAAUCCCAUCCCAUCCCAUGCAUAAACAUUAUACCAAACAGACGGAACAAGGGUAAGUUAGUCAUUUAAUCAUUUGGUUCCGUUCCGUCCAACGCGUACCAAACGCAUAACGGAACAAUCGUCCCAUUCUGUCCUGCGUGUCCCAUCCCAUCCCGUCCCGUUUGCGUACCAAACGGUACCAUAGCGAACAUUUCUCGAUCCAAAGAGUUGCAAAUUGAGUAGAUCUGUUAGCAAUUGAUGGAGGUUCAAGGACAAACACUCCACAUUAUAAAAAUACUCAUUAUCAGAAACUCUACAACAUCACAAUUCUCUACUGAUUCAGCAUAAGAUUGAUGUAAAAUACAAACCGUAAAUAUCCUAUGCACGCUACACAUGGCGAAAGGUAUAACUGCUGCCCCUAUAUUCACAAAUUGAUAAGGAAAAAAAAAAACGCAUACCAGCUGAAUGAUCUAGCUGCAGGCAAGCAGAUUCUCCAUUGCCAUAGCAAGCUAAUUCCUAACCGAAUAAUGCACAUGGAAAGAUAAAUGUCAAAAAUUAAAAUUAAACAAAUUAAGGAAUAAGCAGAUGAAGGAGAAGAAAGAAAAGGAAUUACAACAGGACAGAAAAACAAAUAUAAGUUUAAAACCACAUUGCAGAUCCUGGCUCUACAAGAGAGAACCUCUACCAAAAAGCAUCCACAGAAUGUAGAAGCAAUCGAAGCCGAAGAGGAACUGAAUACCACUGCAUGUAUCACUAGAACUCAAGCACCUAGCAAAACAAUACUACUUAGACAACGAGAAUAACAGCGCAAGUGACUAGCAGCACUGUCAACUUAUAGCACGCACUCUCUUUUUCAUUGUGUGUAUUAGAAGUGGUCUGCAUGGAACUUGCAUUUACUAUGAACUUGACAGAUAAGGAAACAUUUCCAACAAAUUAUAAAUCAUGUAUUUGCCGUAUGAAGUAUGAAUACACACUGGCCUAAAAUAGCAUAACCAUAAGCGAAGAAUUGGAGGGAGCACCGUGAUUUAGGAAAACAUGGAAGACCUGACACACCUCAAUACAUGAACCAGCAAUACAUAUAAGACUGGACACACUUCAAAAGACCUUGUGUGCGGUAAAAUAACUUACGAUUGCGGAAAUUCCUGUCUCCAAGCGUGAAAUGCGAAUAAUGCACCCUCCCAUUCUUUUAAAGCCCAGAAUCACUUGCAAACAAUGUUUAAGCGUGAAUAAAGUGAAAGCAAAAAGUUCUUACGUUCAAAUAAUGAACAAGAUA